CCAGGUGGUGAUCCGCAUCAGGCGUUUUGCAUGGCGGCCGCUCGCUGCAUCGUGCGGACGGUUCACAUUCGCUUUAGCUCUGUCCUUCAGGCAAGCCCUUGAGCUUUGCGGAUUAGUCUCGGAUGGCCGGUCCCUGACAGAUCAACAUCGCCAAGCAAUUCUCUCACUUGCACCGUUACAAACCUCUGUCCCCGACCUCAAAGUUCUCGAUGCACGGCCCCGCCCCCCGGCUCGCAGGAGACACCUUCGUGCUCACGCCGCUGACGCCCGCCGAUAUCCCCGACCUUGUCAAGGCCUGCACCGAGACCGAGGCCGUUUCCUCACUCAACGUCCCUCAGCCGUACACACGCGCUGACGCCGAGGCGCAUGUCCGCUCCGCGCAAACCGGCGCAGGGGGAUAUUUCUGGGCCAUACGCGAGAGCGACGCCGCUCCGCUGAUGGGCAUGGUCAAGCUGGGCUUUGUGGUGCUUCCUGGCAGCCCAACGGCGAGCGCGCCCACACCCUUGCCAGGGGGCGAGUCCGCCGACAUUGGUGGCAUCUACCUGUUGCCCGCGUACCGCGGACGCGGAGUCGCGACUCGCGCCACCCGCCUCGUUGCGCAGUGGGCAUUUGAGCGCGGCUUCGAGUCGCUGCACUGGGAGUGCCUAGCGUCUAAUACCUCCAGCAUUGCCGUCGCCCAGCGCCUCGGCUUUACGUUCUACCGCGAGGGCAUAAGUUCGAGCCAGUACGCGCAUCACCAGAACAAGGCGGCGCGGUGGGCGCGCAUGGCGCGCGGCGAGCUGCAAUAGCAUCGAGUCAUGUAUGCAUUACGCUACUCUCGUCG